AUGAAAGCCCUCUAUUGGAAUAUUAGAGGGAUAAAGAAGGCUGCUGCAAGGUUAGCUUUGAGGAAUAUUUUAAGGGACAAAAGACCUGAUUUCCUUUGCAUUGCCGAACCUAUGAUCCCCUCUGACGCCUUUCCUACGUUGUUCUUCAACAAGCUGGGUUUUGACCCUGAUUUCAUCCAUAACGAGCGUCUAGGCGGAGUCUCAAAUCUAUGGCUGAUUUGGCGAAGAGGUGUAGCAAAGCCUGUUGUGCUAUCAUCUUCUGAGCAGCAAAUCUCUGUCUCUGUGCAAUGGGCUCAGGAAAUUUUCAUCUUAUCUGGAAGGAAAUUCACAUGGACAAAUAACAGGAGAAGGGGACAUGUCUCUGCAGUGCUCGAUCGAAGCUUUUGCAAUGAGGCCUGGAUUUCAUAUUUUCAAGAAUGUCACCAAUUUGUCUUGCAGAGAGUGGCGUCUGACCAUACUCCCAUUUUGGUGGUGUCUGAAGGCUCUGAAAGACCAAAAAACUGUCCUUUUCGCUUCCAGAGGUUCUGGGCAGACCAUGAGGGUUAUCUAAAUGCAGUUAAGUCCUCCUGGGUGAAUGACAUUCCUGGAUCGCCAAUGAUGGUUAUGGCUCAAAAAUUAAAAAGAUUGAAGCUCUUCCUGCGCUCCUGGGCAAAAGAAAAUUUUCCAAAUUUUAAUUUGGAGAUGAUGGAAGCAAAAAAAUGCAUGGAGGAGAUCCAGACUGAAAUUGACAGAGAUGGGAUAAAUGACUCAAUUUAUGCCAAAGAAGCUGAUGCAAAGACCAGAUAUCUGAAGGCCCUGCAAAAUUAUGAGAAAUUAUGGGCUGAAAAAUCUCGUUCUAGAUGGAGGAAUCAAGGAGAUAGAUGCUCAAAAUUUUUUCACAUCUCAGUGAAGAUUCGGCGAAUGAAGAACUCCAUUAAAUCUCUGAAGAUGGUUGAUGGGACCCUGAUCUCUGAUAGAGUGCAGAUCAAGGAAUAUGUUGCGGGUUAUUAUGAGCAUUUUCACAAAGGUACUCCCCUUACCAAUCACAUGGAUUUAUUGCAAUGCAUUCCUAAUGUUUUGGAAGAAUGGGAUAGAGGUCGAUUAGAUGGUAUUCCGUCUGACUCUGAGAUUAAGCAUGCGGUGUGGGAUCUUGAUCCAGAUAGUGCUCCUGGUCCAGAUGGAUUUCCUGGAGCUUUUUAUAAAUCAUGUUGGGACAUCAUAUCUUCAGAUUUAUGCAAUGCUAUCAGAUGGUUUUUCAGAACCGGGUUCAUGCCUUACGGCAUUAACAAUUAUUUCCUGGUUUUGAUUCCUAAAAUUGAAGGAGCACUAUCCCUAGACAAAUUCAGGCCAUUGUGCAUGGGAAAUUUUUCAUGCAAAAUAAUAUCAAAGAUUCUGGCUAUGCGAUUAUCGUGUGUUCUUCCAAAAAUCAUCUCUGAGGAGCAGGGGGCCUUCCAGAAAGGGAAGAUCAUUCAUUCCAACAUAUCACUUGCCUCGGAGCUGGCAAACAUGAUAAUCUCAGUUCUGUUUAAUGGUGGCCCUGUUGGAUUCUUUGGUGUGGAGAAGGGUCUGAGACAAGGAGAUCCAAUCUCGCCUAUGCUGUUUAUCAUUGCUGAAGAGGUCCUUUGUAGAGGCUUAUCUGAGCUCCUAGCCAAUAACAGCAUUAAAGCUCUAUCGGGUCCGCGUGGGGCGAUUAUCCCUACACAUAUUCUUUUUGCUGAUGAUGUUUUUAUCUUUUCUAAUGCUUCCAUCAGGAAGCAAGCCAUUGCAGAAGAGCUUGGUAUCUCCACUUGUAACUUCCCCACCCGCUAUUUGGGGGUCGAGAUCUUUAAGGGAAGGCUGAAAAAGGAGUCGCUAAUCCCCAUUCUGGAUAAAGUCAAAGGGCGUCUAGCAGGAUGGAAAGGAAAGAUUUUGUCCAUGGCUGGACGAGUGGAAUUGCUUAUGUGGAAUGGAGGCUGA